GUCGCACAAGUUUAAAUUUUUUUUUACGGAUCCGCAGAUGGUCGGCACCUCACGCAGCGACCUUGCGACUCUCCAUAGGAAAUUAAUGACUUCCGGUUUAUCGGCGGUCGUUUGUCGUGUGCAGGCUGCUUAAGAAGACUCAAAGUCGUUAGCCAAUAGCUAAAUGCACCGGAAGUUAAAAACGGACGAAUUGUCUGUGUCGCCAUCGUUCCAAACUGUGGAAUACAAAGGAAUUUAGAGGUGGAUUAACCGUAGAGUUCAGACAUGAUGGACUCGGGAGUGGCCGUGGGAGCUGUGGCUGAACCGCACGCAGACAGCAAGUGUGAGCAGUCUCAUUUCCUGCAGGAUCAUGAGGAGGUGCAGGAGCACUCAUUGCAAUAUGAGGAGAGGAUAGCUGAGCUCCACAGCAUAAUUGCUGAACUCAACAGGAGGAUUGGCCUACUGCAGUGCACCACAAACAGAGAAAAGAGUGCGUUUUCAGAGUUGCAUUCCAGGCUUAACCACAGUCAUCAGGAAGCUACUGAAGAUUUGGAUGAGGAUCAAGUGUCUUGUGUUUCUAGACCUGAAAAGCAGUCAGUGCUGGUCACUGCAGACAUAGAUAACUGCAGUGAUCUAAAUUUGGAGUUGCAACGGGUGCUGAUGGGCCUUGAGACUGUGGUAUGUGGCCGCAAGAAGAGUUUGUGCAGCCUUUCAGUGGCUGAGGUGGAUAGGCACAUUAAGCAGCUUACCACAGCCAGCCAGCACUGUGAUCUUGCCAUUAAGACUGUAGAGGAGCUCGAGGGGGCACUGGGCAAAGAUUUUUACCCAAGUCUGUGUGAGGAGCGUGUUCAAUGGGAGAAGGAGCUGGCUGGUUUGCAAGAAGAGAAUGAGAGUCUGACAGUGAUGCUGACCAGCAAAGAUGAAGAGCAUAACCACACCAAAGCUACCAUGAGUGCCAUUCGUGAGGAGAGAGAUCGCCUCCGCUGCCAUGUGCGGGAGCUGCAGACUCAACUACAGAGUAUCCAGAUUGGUGUGGGUCAGUUCAGUCCAUGUCGUGUAAUCCCUGCCGGGCUAACCAUCAAUCUGAGCCCAGGCGAGCUCGGCACUAGUAACAGCAGCAGUGACAUCCCUGUAGCCAAGGUGGCUGAGAGAGUAAAGCUUUCCAAAACACAGACAGAGUCAUUGGAACGAGCCAUGCAAGUCUCAGAGAUUACAAGUAUUGGGGUGUCCAGUAGUGUAGAAGAACAUCUGGCACACUCUCUGCAGGACUGCUCUAAUAUCCAAGAGAUCGUCCAGACAUUUUAUUCUCAUGGCUCUUCCAUCUCAGAUAACAGACUCCGGGAGUUUGAGGUCGAGACCGAGCGGCUACACAGUCGAAUUGAACACCUUAAGUCCCAGAAUGAUCUAUUAACCAUCACACUGGAGGAAUGUAAGAAUAAUGCAGAGAGGAUGAGCAUGCUGAUGGGCAAAUAUGAAUCCAAUGCUACAGCUCUGCGCCUGGCUUUACAUUACAGUGAGCAGUGUAUCGAGGCCUAUGAGCUACUGCUAGCUCUGACAGAGAAAGAGCAGGGUCUGGUGCUGGGCCAAAAUAAAGUGGCUGAAGUCAGCACUGUGGAAUCUGCAAUAUUCAACCACAUUCCAGGAGAACAAGGUAAUGAGGAAAGCGUCCCUCAUGACUACAGGAAGACUGCAGAGACCACAGCUAAAGAUUUGCUAGUUCGACUGGAUGGCAGCUGUGGAGACCUUUUUACUGCCACUGGCUGCAAUGUGCAACCAUGGGAGAGUCUGUCCUCCAACAGCCACACCAGGUACAUCUGCACAACCAGCAGCUGUGAUACUGACUUCUCUAAAGAGGAUGAGCAGCAUCUAAAGGAUUACAUCCAGCAGCUAAAAAAUGAUCGAGCAGCUAUUAAGCUCACAAUGCUGGAGCUAGAGAGUGUGCACAUCGACACUCUGAGAUAUGACAUAAAACCAUGUGUAGACUCACACCGACUUGACCUGGAGAACGCUGUACUUAUGCAGGAGCUCAUGGCUAUGAAGGAGGAGAUUGCAGAGAUGAAGGCUCAGCUUUAUCUGUUGGAGAAGGAGAAGAAGGCACUGGAGCUGAAGCUGAGCAGUCAGGAGACACAAGAACAGGCAUAUCUAGUACAAAUUGAGCAUUUGAAAUCAGAGUUAGAGGAGCAACAUGAACAGCGGAGAAGAUCACUCAGUUCUACAGGUAGCAGCACCAAGGACAAAAGUGGCAAGGACACUUCAGUGACUAUAGUGUCAGAGCUGAGAAGCAUCAGUUACAGUGACCCUGCAGCAGAGCUAAAUAAUGCCCUCCAGAAAGAAAUGAAGCUGAAGCUCAGAGUGAAGGACCUGGUGGCUGCAUUGGAGAAACUAACCAACUGCAGUGAGAUUCGGCACCAGCAAUCAGCAGAGUUUGUGAAUGACCUCAAACAAGCCAACAGCACUCUGUCUUUUUGGGCAUGAGUCUAUCAGCAUGGCACAUUUUGACUUGGCAAUAUUUGAACACUCUUCUUUGCAAAAACAGUUUGGACCAAAAAUGCAAGAGAAUCUCCUGUGCCCAGCCCUCUUCAUGUCAGCCUAAUGAUUUUCAAUUGGAUUCAGGUCUGGGUUCUGGCUGGGCCAUUCCAAAACUUUUAAUCUUAUCCUUUGGAUCAUUGUCAUGCUGAAAGAUGAAGUUCCUCUUCAUCUUCAGAUUUCUAGCAGAAGUCCCAUGGUUUUGUGUCAAAAUUGACUGGAAUAUGGAACUGUUCAUAAUUCACUCCACCUUGACAUAGGUCCCAGUUCCAGCUGAAGAAAAACAGCAUCAAAACCUGAUACUGCCAUACUGCUUCAUUGAAAGUGUCUGAUUAUCAUUAACUUGGAUAAAACAGUGUUUGAGAGUUGUUUGCACAUAUUCUCCUGUCUGUAAAUAUUAAUCUUGUAGCAUUUUUGUGGACAGGCAUUAGGUUGACUUCAAGCCUCAAAGUUAGUCUGGGGUGCUCCACACAAUGGUUGUUUUUCCAACGCAUCACAUUAACAGAUAAAAAUAAAUGGAGUUUUGUCACGGCAAUUUGUGUCCAAUCCUUUCCAUUCUCCUGAUUGUAGCUGAGUGAUAAACCUGGGUAUGUCCUUUCUUUCCUUUAUAACAUUCUUCUGUAAUAUUCCCGUAUUGUCCAUGCUUAGAAUCCACUUGUUCUUUCUGAAAAACUGGUAGGGGAAAAAGUCAUGAGCAUAGCAUACAUUUGUCUUAUAAAACAACCAAAUCUAUCAAAACUAUUCCUGGCUGAGCAGGCCCAGGAAGAGUAUCCUUAGGUUCAUUGAUCACAGUCUCAUUCCACAACCGCAAAAUCUGAAUGGGUGGAAUUCUGUUGGUCUGGUUUGCGAACAGGCCAAAUCAGGGCUAAUGAUUUAGAAAAGCAAGGUCUUAUAACAACACCCUGUUCUAAUAGAGAAUCC